CUCGUAAGAGCGGUGUCGAGACAGAAAGCAAAAGCACUGUAUGUCUAGAGCCCAGAGUCUUGACUCUUCCAUGAUACUGCCUCACAGUAAAGAUGCUUGGAUUAAAUGUCAUGGAAUUUGCAGUGGUAGCUGUGACUGGCUCGAUCUCUUCUUAGAUUAGGAAGUUGAAGCCCACAGACAUCAUCUGAUUUAGCUAAGAACAUAACUAGUUAAUGUCAGUGCCGAAACUGAACAUGCAUCUCCUGAUCUGCACAGUUCAUGUGCACAUUCACGACGGGUGAUCUGUGAACCUUUGUCCGCCCUGAGUCCCACCCUCAAACAGCUGCGCCGUGCACUUGCCCUCAUGGCCGGCUCCACAUGAAAUGGAGCUUUCUCCCCAGCCCAUACUUGAAGUUUCACUUUGGGUUUAGAGAAUGUAUAGGCAUCUACUGAUGAUAUGUACAGCUUGCCCUUAAUUACUCUGCAGAGCGAGGGCUAUAAAAGGCUAUAAAAAGGUGUGGCCCAACAAUAGUUUCAACCUUCUACCCUCAUCAGUUUCAACUGAGAUUUGCUGCCAAGCAGUAAGCUAGAUUGAUCUGAGCUUCGACGACGGUUGCUUUCCCCAACCUGGAAUGUCGAGGACGUGCCAGGCAUUGUUAUAGCUUUAACUGAGCCAAAAGUCAGCCAGCUCUCUGUGUGCAAACAUUCCUGAGUGGUCGAGGCUGUCCUGGCCCAGCAGCCUGUCAGGGAGGAGGCCAUCGCGUUGCAACACCCGCUUUGGCUGGCUAGCUGCCGUGGGGCCGAGGAUUAGAGGAGGAACAGGAGGUGACUUACUGCUGCGUUUGGGAAGGUAGAGCGUCAUGACAUGAACACCCUAAGCCUGCCCCUGAACAUUCGCCGCGGGGGGUCCGACACCAACCUCAACUUUGACGUACCAGAUGGCAUCCUGGACUUCCACAAGGUCAAACUCAGUGCGGACAGCCUGAAACAAAAAAUUCUCAAGGUGACAGAGCAGAUCAAGAUCGAGCAGACGUCGCGCGACGGGAAUGUUGCAGAGUACCUGAAACUGGUCAACAGCGCGGACAAACAGCAGGCGGGCCGCAUCAAGCAGGUCUUUGAGAAGAAGAACCAGAAGUCCGCACACUCCAUCGCCCAGCUUCAAAAGAAGUUAGAACAGUAUCAUAGGAAGCUCAAGGAGAUCGAGCAGAAUGGAGCCUCCAGGAGCGCGAAGGACAUUGCCAAAGACCACCUCAAGGACGGGUCGCACUCCCUGAAAGAUGCCCACUCGAAGUCCCGGACUGCCCCCCACGGCGCGGAGUGUGGCAAAUCGGGCAUGCCUGGAGUGUCCCUCACUCCGCCUGUGUUCGUCUUCAAUAAGUCCAGGGAGUUUGCCAACCUGAUCCGGAAUAAGUUUGGCAGCGCCGAUAACAUCGCUCACUUAAAAAAUUCCCUAGAGGAGUUUAGGCCUGAGGGGAGUCCCCGGGCCUACGGGGGCAGCGCGACCAUUGUGAACAAACCCAAGUACGGCAGCGAUGACGAGUGUUCGAGUGGCACGUCGGGCUCCGCCGAUAGCAAUGGGAACCAGUCAUUCGGGGCCGGCGGACCCGGCACGCUCGACAGCCAGGGCAAGCUCACCGUGAUCCUGGAGGAGCUGAGGGAGAUCAAGGACACCCAGGCACAGCUGGCCGAGGACAUCGAGGCGCUGAAGGUGCAGUUUAAGAGAGAGUACGGCUUUAUUUCUCAGACGCUGCAAGAGGAACGAUACAGGUACGAGCGACUGGAAGACCAGCUGCACGACCUGACAGACCUGCACCAGCAUGAGACCGGCAACCUGAAGCAGGAGCUGGCCAGCAUCGAGGAGAAGGUGGCUUACCAGGCCUAUGAGCGCUCCCGGGACAUCCAGGAAGCCUUGGAAUCCUGCCAGACUCGCAUCUCUAAACUGGAGCUCCACCAGCAGGAGCAGCAAGCCCUGCAGACAGACACCGUCAAUGCCAAGGUGCUCCUGGGCAGGUGCAUAAACGUGAUCCUGGCCUUCAUGACAGUCAUCCUCGUGUGUGUGUCUACCAUGGCCAAGUUUGUCUCCCCCAUGAUGAAGAGCCGCUUCCACAUUCUUGGCACCUUCUUCGCUGUGACUCUUCUUGCAAUAUUUUGUAAAAACUGGGACCAUAUUCUGUGUGCCAUAGAAAGGAUAAUAAUACCCCGGUGAAGCCACUGGCCCCCAUCUUCAUGUCCUUUCAGGUUUCUGUUUUAAGGAGAACUCUGUGCAUACUACCAAAUUUUCAAAUGAACGGGGUUGUGCUGACUAAAGGUGAACAGGCCUGGGCUGUGCAUUGUAAAUAACGACAGUCCCCUUCACACGGUAGCACUUGCUGGCUCAGUCCCCAUUCUUCGUGAGUGUGAAUCCGUCUGAGAGCUCUCCCCACGUUGCUCACUGCCUUAAUCACGCCAGAUCUCCGCCCACCUCACCAGCCCAGCAUGGCCAGCCUCUGGUUAUUGAGCAUUUGGCAUAAUGAAUGAUCCAGAAGAAAAGGGAUUUUAAGUCUCUGUCUCUCUCUCAAGUCUCUAUCACAGUUGAACCUCACAGUUGCUCGUGGUUGCAUGUUUUCCCAGAGUCCUGUUAGUAGCAAGGAUGUAGCAGGACUUGGGGAGGGGAAGCAGAGUACAUGCACUGGCCACGGUGAACCCAUAUGGCCUUCGGAAGUACAGAAAAUCCUGUGUAAUCCAGUCCACUUGUCCACAGAGAACACUAGGCACCACGUGUUCCCAGUGUCCGUAGCGGUCAGUUGUACGUGACACACAAGUGCCACGGAGAUCUUACCACACACCUGUUUAUCCAUCCGACGUCAAACUUAGAUGUUGUCAUGCACUUUAAAUGGUAAGAUGCAAAGAUUCACGAGUGGGGCUUUUCCCUUCUUACACCCAGGGAGCCACACGCGGAUUUUAUCUGAAGCAGCCGUCUAAUGCUUCGCCUUCAAGCACGUAGAAAUGUUUCCAAGUCCCGCGUCAGACCGCGGCUUCAGCGUUAGGGUCCUGUAAGCACUACCUUGGAGGUAUUUCAGCAGAUCUUAGUCGUGACAGACCCCCUGUGAGGAUGUGAUUCACUUUAUUCCCUGGCCUGCGAAGGUUGAAGAUCUCACUCCACAAAUGAAAACAGAUGAUCCUUGUGUUGUGGAGUUUUUGUUUUUCCUUAAGGACAACAGGAUUGUAGUUUGUGAAGCGGAAGUGCACUGAGGUAGGAGCUCUGAAAGCAGGAGGGAGAUAGGCGUGUGGUCUGCCGGGGUGGCAGUUGGAUCCAAGGGCGCAGUUGACUGGGAUGGGGACUGGGAAGGUCCUCCUAGGACCCUGUGAGCCCAGCUGAGCCCAGCACCAAGGCUGGCUGUCGUCUCUCAGGAUCUCCCUGAAGACAAGGGCCCGGGGAAAGGGAGGGGCCGCACUUCUUCCCUUGAGGUGAAGGCAUUCAGAAGUUAACAUCUUCGGCCUGUUUGGGGGAUGCUACUCGCUACCCUCAGCCCUGAAGCUACUCCCUUUUAAAUCUCUCUCUCUGUACCUACUGAAAACGAAGUCAGAAGAUUUUAAUAGGAACAGCUCUUCAGUCCCUCCUCCUGCUAUCCGCUCUGUUCUCUGAAGGCGUAAAGAUGUGUGUUAGUGUACAUUUUCUUCCAGAAAACAUCAGAUCGCCUGGAUUUAAAUUAAGUGCAAUAUUUUCGAACAGCUGCUCUUAGGGAAAUCUCCUGGGAAAAAAAAUGUGACAGUGUGCCGUGGUUUGAGAGAAUGGAAUAGUCGAGCAUUUGGUACAAGUCCAGUGUGUGUGAGACUCAGACAACUCAAGCUUUCUUCUUUUAACUUUACGGUUUGGUGGUUUUAGCAAAUUCACAAACUUCUGCAACUGUCCCCACUAUCUAAUUCUGGACUUGAGCUUUUUAAAAACAGUAACCAUCAUUUCGUGCAGUCUUGGCUGUACAGAUUUUGGAUUCAGGGAAGAGGGAGUUAGCAGCCCCUCCCCCAUCUCAUGGCCAUGUCCCCUUCCACCAUCAGACUUGCCCUUGUUCUGCCAAAUUGGCUGUAAAUCUACUGCCAUCCAUCAAACCCUGGGGACAGAAAAGAGUUCCAGGUCCAGGGAUGGGAGGGAGAAGGAAUGGUGGGCUUUUGCAUCUGUAUUUUAAUGGCCAGCAUUCUCCAUCACCUGUGGGCAUCGGUCUCCGUUCGGCUGGGGGCUGGAGGUAAUGUACACCCUCGGAUCAAGCUGGGGCCUGGUGGGCGCUUCUCCAUUUCUGGGAAUCUUUCUGAGGCACUUUGGAUAUGCCAGAGGUUGCAGCGGAUGUAGAUACUGCUGUCAUUUUUGAGAGAGAGAGAGAGAGGUAUCUAGCCCUUUGAGGUUAAGGACCGCGGGGAAGUUCUAGGACGUGGGCCUGCUUCCCCAGCCACCAUGCUCCACUCACCAUUUGUUUUGACGUCUCCCGGGCCUGCGGUCAGUGUGUCUCCGCUCCACUGUGAGAAGUAGGGGGGAAACGGGAAGCCGCGCUCUCGCCCCCUCCACGGGAGCUCCAGGGGGAGCUAAUGUUAACAGAAGCUGCUAGAAACUGGCUCUGCUCCAAAAUCUAGGAUCUGAAUCAUCCCACCUGAUCAUGACUUCUUUUGCACAGAAUUUGUAUUUCCACUGAUUUCUCGGUAGAUGUCAGAUAACUUUGUUGUCACUUGUGUAUGCUCAACUUAUACUUGGCAUAUUUAUUUUAGAGUCUUGUUGAAAGUUCAUGAAGCUUUUUAAUAAGUUGUUGCACUCCAAGAAGACCUUUACCCUCUGUGGUUUACUGUUCUCAAGUAAUAAACCCUCUCAUUGUAUUUCCUUUCCUGCACAAGGGAUUAAAUAAAAUUUUAUAAAUUAUGCAAUUAAAAAUAGUGAUCCAACUAGGGUA